AAUUUUAAAGGCAUAUUGUAGAUAUUUUUAUUAUAUGUUUAGGACCCAAAAACUAUAGAAAAUACUUUUUUUCAAUGAUUAAUAAAAUUAUACUGAUAGCAAUAUUAAAUUUAAUUGCUCUUACAUAUGGAAAUCAAAACGUAGAUUUAAGUAUUAGGAGCUCUCAGACAAAUGCAGUAGAUCCUUCGUUUGAAAAUUUUAUUGAUAGAGAAAAUAUUUAUGCUUUUAUUUUAAAAAAAGAUUAUGAUGAUGAAAACAAAUGCAAAGCAAAAUUUGAGGAAUAUUGUGAGGAAUUAAAGAAUAUAGAUCCAGAAUUGAAUAAAGUGGAUAAUACUGUUAAGGAAAUUUGUAAUAAUAACAAUAAAGAAAAACAAUGCAAACUGAUAAAAAAAAUAAUUCAAGGAAAAUUAAAAAAAAUGGCCAAAGAAAUUAAGGAUUUUCUUCAUUAUGGGGGUCUGGCUCAAAAAUGUAUAGAAUAUAUAGAAGAAUGCUCUUUUUUUCAAGACGUUGACUUGGGUGAAAUUAAAAAAAACUGCAUUUUAUUGAGAAAUGAAUGUAGCAAAAAAAAAAAUACCAUUAUUUCACAGGAAGUCAUUUUAAGAACUUUAAAAGUGUCUUCUAUUAGUUUAAGUGAAUGCAAAAGCAAUAUUUAUAAUUUUUGCUCACUAUUAGCUUGGGAAUCUGAUACAUUAAUGGAAUUAUGUAUUGAUCAGAGUAAUUCAUGUUUAGUAUUGGGCUCUGCUACUUUUAAUUUCUGUCUUUCUAUAAGUCGUAGUUUUGAUAAUAAUAAAGAAUGUCAUGAACAACUUGAGAACUGUUAUUUUUAUAUGCCAUUUUGUCAAAAUGCUAAGGAAAAAUGUGAUGAAUGGGAGAAGGAAUGUUUGAAAAAAAAUAUUACAUAUAAGUCUCUAGAUUUGGAUUUAAAUCCGCUUAAACCACCAAAAACCCUCCUUCAGAAGAUUAAACUAGAAGAUAUUUAUAAAAAAGAGGCAGAUAAAGGAAGUAUUAUUGGAAAGCCAGAAAAAAUUGGCUUUAGAGAUUUUAUAUUGUUUUUGAGCCGUUUAGAAGGAAUGCAUAAUAUAGAAGAAGCAUGUGAAAAUGCUGUAAAAAAGUAUUGCAGAAAUACUAAAUAUCUAAGUUAUGAGAUAAACAGUUUUUGCAACGAUCAAGAUAAAGAAAAAAAAUGCGCCGAAUUAACAAAUGUGAAAGCGAGAUGUAUAAAUUUUAAACUGAAAUCUUAUCUAAAAGGAUUGUCAACAGAAAUUAGUACUAAAGAGUCACGUGCUUUAGACUGGGAUAAGCUUCCAAAAUCUCUUACUAGGAAAGAAUGUAUAUACUUUUCAACGGAAUGCUUGCGUUUAUCAGGGAUUUGUAAAAAUGGAAUCAAUCAAGUAUGUGAUCAUAUAAAUGAAGUAUGUUAUAGAAAGGCAGAAAAUGCGGCAUUGAAUAAAAUAUUUAUGCCUGCAUUACGCGGAAUUCUUUAUAAUUUUGAAUCCAAUGCAACUAUGUUAAGUUGUCAAGAAAAGGUAUUAGAUAUCUGUACAACAUUUAAAAAUUCCAAUAAAAGAUAUUUUGCAAAAUGUCUUCGACCAAAAGAGCAAUGUCUUGAACUUAAAAACUAUAUUUCCUCUCAGUCGGAAGAAUUAGAACAAGUUUUGGAUAAUGUACGGGAUUUACCAAAAGAAAGUGAUUGUAUUGAACUACAAGAGAAAUGCCAUGAUCUUAGAGGUUAUUCAAAUUUCAUUGAUAAUAAAUGUGUUAUAUUGAAUAGACGCUGUAGAUAUUUAGAAAUUACAAAAGAAUUGAAAAAAAGAUUAUUAAAAAGAGGAGAUGAUGUAUUAAAAACUCAAGGAAAUUGUACGGCAGGAUUAAAGAAAGAAUGUAAGGAAUUAUCUAGAAGAGGAAAGGAAGAGUUUAGUGUUUCUUGUGCUUUACGAGAAGAAACAUGUAGUUUUAUGGUAAAACAAACAGAAAAUGAGUGUAUUUUUUUAAAAAAUAACAUGGAGAGUGAAAAAAUUAUAGAUAAAAUUGAAAAUGGAAAAACAAAUGAAACAUUGGUUGAAGAAAUCUGCAUGUUAUGGUAUCCAUAUUGUCAUCAAUAUAUGGAAAAUUGUCCAGAUAGGUUGAAAAAAGGAGACAAUGGGAGUGGAAAAGGAAUCUGUUUACAACUGGAAGAGAAAUGCAAGCCAUUCUUUGAAAAGUUGAAAUUGGAGGAUGAGUUGAUGCAUAAAUUGAAAGGUAGUUUAGGCGAUGAAACUAAAUGUAAAGAAACAUUAGGAAAACAUUGUACUGAAUGGAAAAAAGAAGGGAAUCAAACAUUGAAUAGUCUAUGUGAAGAUACUAAGAAAGAAGAACUUUGCAAAAAGUUUGUUGGAAAAAUAAAAGAAAAAUGUCAAACCUUAGAAAAUGAACUGAAUAAAGAGAAAGAUGAAUUAAAGAAGAAGAAGGAUGAAUACGAAAAGGUGAAACAGGAGGCAGAAGAAUUUGCGAAGAAAGCUAAGUUACUAUUAUUAAGACUCGGGAAAGAUGUACAAGGUGCUGAAUCAAAGGUGCAAGAUAACAGUUCUCCUAAAUCAGUGCCACCAUCGGCACUACCACCAGCACAACCACAGCCACCAACAGGGUCAUCAAGACUACCAUCAGGAGGAAUACCAGCAGGACUACCAACACCAGGAGGAUCAACACCAAGUGGAACGACAAACACGAAUAAUGUUAUACUUGUUCGGAGAACAUUUGUAAGUGGAGAAGUAUCAGAAACAGAAAAGAAGGCAUUUGUUGCAACGGCGAGAGCAUUGGAAUUGUAUUUAGAAUUGAAAGAGAAAUGUAAAAGUUUGAAAGGAGACUGCGAGUUUAGAAAGGAUUGUCCAGGGUGUGAUGCGGUCUGUACAGAAAUAGACAAGUUAUGUGAAGAAAUAAAACCAUUAAAAGUUACACCGCAUCAUACAAUGACAUUAAUGACGACGGAGAUAACGACUACAACAAUGAUUACAACGACUACAACAAUGAUUACAACGACAACAACAACGACUACAACAACGACUACAACAGCGACAAAGUCAAUACAUGGAGAGAAAGUAACAGAACAAUGUGCAUUUUCUCAAACAGAUAUAUGGAUGACGAAUACAUCAUUGCAUACGAGUACGAUGACAAGUACAUCUACAGUGACAUCUACGGUGACAUCUACGGUGACAUCUACGGUGACAUCUACGGUGACAUUGACGUCGAUGCGAAAAUGCAAACCUAUGAGAUGUACCAGUGAUUCAAGUAAAGAAACAGAAACACAAAAAGAGGAAGAGAAAGAGGAAGAAGUGAAACCGAAUGAAGGAAUGAAAAUGAGAGUUCCAGAGAUAGUAAAAAUAAUAUUAUUGGGAGUGAUGGUUAUAGGAAUGUUAUAA